AGACAUCCCUCCCCCAAAUCCAGACUGGGUCACUUGAGGGAGUCGUCUGCCCAACAUCUCAGAGCAGAACCAGGACUGCUGCCACCUGUGCUGCAAAGAUGCCAGGGUGGACGUAUGAACUACGCUUUUACAUACAUCAUGCAAAAUAAUGGCAUUGACACUUGGGAAAGGCAGAUUCGCACAGUAAAGAAGGUUCUGCAGGCGAUUGUGGGCUCACAAGUUUUAGGCGAUGAACGUCUGCAAACACUGUUCUGUGAAGUGGAAGCCAUAGUUAACGAGAGGCCAAUCACCCCAGUUCCAAACACUCCAAAUGAACCAAAGGCUCUCACGCCUGCUGAUCUUUUGCACUUAAGUCAAAAGGGUAAUCUUCCCUUAGGUGGAAGGUCAAUAGGCGAAUCAUACCACAGAAAGUGGAAGCAUGUCCAGUACCUUGCAGAUCAAUUUUGGAAGCGCUGGCUGACGGAGUACCUCCCUCAACUCAGAACUCGACAAGUGCAUUUCAGACCACGGCGCAACUUUCGCCCUGGUGACCUAAUAAUUAUAGCAAAAGCAAAUAGUCCACGCAACAAAUGGCACCUUGGUCGAGUGAUGGAAGUCAAGGCUGGCAAGGAUGGACUUGUCCGACAGGCAGUGGUUAAGACGAUGACGUCCACAAUGUUGCAACCUGUGACAAAAUUAUGCUUGUUGGAGGGAGCAAUGGAAAGGGUUGACGGAGUCUGCCAGGAGAAUGAACUGGGUCUACACACAUGA